AUCCCUCUCCGUGCGUCGUCCCCCUCUCCCCUGGUGCGUCGUGAGCGGGCGACAUGAGCGCCAACGGCCACAAGCUGAGAAGCUUCGUCGAGGCAAACUUCUCUGGCGGUGUGGGGACCAGCCUCUGGAUGAACUCCUUCCGCAAGGACGGCAACGGCGGCGCGACUGCGCCGGUCAGCAAGAGCCUGCUGACGGCUGAUCAGCGGCGGCAGUACGAGGAGCAGGGCUACCUGGUGGUGCCGGGCCUCAUGCCGGCCUCGCUCAUGGCACAGGCCAGCCGGAUGGACAUUGCCCUGGAGCAGAGGGAAAAGCUGGACGCCGACGCACAGGCCAGGCUCGAGAGGACCAUGCGCGACGUCCUGUCCCAGUACAGGCGAACCUCGCAGGUUCUCGACUGGGUGGAACAGUUUUGCGGCGCCAAGGUUCUCUCCCUCGGUGCCAUGUACGUCAGCGUACCACCAGCAGGCGGCCAUGGACAACUGGCGCUGCACCAGAACGCUAAUUUCCUGCCCUUCUCGGACGACGAGGAGCGCCUGGUGUCGGUGUGGACGGCCAUCGACUGCCCCGGAGUCAACUCCCUGUUCGCAGUGCCCGGUUCGCACAAGGGUCCCGCCCUGCAGCACAGCGUCGAAGACGGCAUCAUAAUCGACCCAAUGUUCGAGGAUGUCGGCGCUGUGGCCGUGGACGCGCAACCCGGUGACGCAGUGUUUAUCCACCCGAGGCUCGUGCACGGAACGGCACCCAACCGUUCGAGCACUUACCGCAAGGAAAUGAUUUCGCACUACGCCCACAGCGGCGUCCGGUAUAUUGACAAGCCGUCAGCCAAUCAGGACUACUGGAAGGACAGCGCCUACAUUGUUCGCAGCGCCGACAGCCGUCUCUGAAGAGGAAACACGAAGGACUCACCGUGGAGUGCACCGUUCCCU